AUGGCGCGAAGGAAAAUAAUCUCGGUAACAAAAAAAAGGAAAGCAACAGGAUCCGAGUCUCCCAACCAAAAAAAAAAUACUGUUGAGCUCGCCAAAGACAUUAAUAAAAGAAAUAAUACGCAAAAAGAAGGCCUUAUUACUUCAAAAACGUCCGAUGAAGAGGAGGAAGAAGAACCUCAAAGCUCUGAUAAUUCUGAAAGGAUUUUAAAUUUAGGAGAGGAUUUGGAUGUUGGAAAUGAUAGUGAUUAUAUCGCAGGAGAUAGCUUGGAAGAUAGUCAGAUCGAAGAAAUUGAUGAUGAUGAGGUUUCUGAUAUAAGUGAAAAUGAGCGAAACCUGGGAGAAAAAAAAGAAGAGCAAGAAGAAAAAGAUAGAGAACCGCCAAACACUGUUGGUAAUAUUCCGAUGGAGUGGUACGAUGAUUACCCGCAUAUCGGGUACGAUAUGGACGGGAAAAAAAUAAUGAAGCCCGCGAAAGGGGAUGAGUUGGACAAGUUUUUGGAUAAAAUGGAAGAUCCUGAUUACUGGUUAUCCGUAAAAGACGAUCUUACACAACAAAAUGUAAAAUUGACCGACGAAGAACUAGAUAUAAUACGUCGUAUUCAAAUGCAAGAAAUUCCUGAUGCGAAUUAUAACCCAUAUGAACCGAUGGUUGAAUGGUUCACGAGUAAGCCGGAAGUGAUGCCGUUGAGUGCGGCGCCGGAACCUAAACGACGAUUUGUUCCCUCGAAAUGGGAGGCGAAGCGGAUCAUGAAAAUCGUUCGCGCAAUUCGUGAAGGGAGAAUAAUUCCCGGGAAUACACAAGUACAAAAACCACGAUUUUAUAAUUUAUGGGCUGACAGUGACCAGUCACGACAAGAUCAUCCGAUGCAUAUACCUGCACCGAAAAUGAAACUUCCUGAUCAUGACGAGAGUUAUAAUCCACCCGCGGAAUAUUUACCGAAUGAAAAAGAAAAGGAAGAGUGGGAGCAGAUGGAUCCUGAGGAUCGAGAGAAGAAUUAUUUGCCGCAGAAGUAUUCAAGUUUGAGGGCUGUUCCAGCAUAUGGAAGAUUCAUACACGAGCGUUUUAAUAGAUGUCUCGACCUUUAUUUGGCUCCACGCCUUCGACGGAAUAAACUUAACAUCGACCCUGAAUCUCUCAUUCCAAAACUUCCAAACCCGAAAGACCUCCAACCAUUCCCCACAAGACUCGCAUUCUCAUACAUAGGCCACACAGGUCGCAUACGCUGUUUCUCGAUCGACCCUCUGGGAUUAUGGCUAGUGUCCGGCUCUGACGAUCAAACAAUAAGGGUGUGGGAAAUAACUACGGGACGAUGUGUUUAUACUUGGACGGUUGAUGAUAUCGUACAUUCUAUUGCAUGGUGUCCGAAUAAAGAUGUUUGUGGGUUUAUUGUGGCUUUCUCUAAUAAAGUCGCUUUUAUCUCACCUUUUAAACUUUGUGACGAGGAAAUGUAUUUAUUCACGAAUCAAUAUGUCACAGCAGGGUUCAAUCAAUCUCAGAAAGAUGAUAAAAAAAAGAAUGUGCAUUGGGUUCAACCUACAGAACAAGAGAAAGAGUCGGGGUAUCUUGUGAUUCUUAAUCAUUCUCAUUCAAAGACUGUUAAACAAGUUACUUGGCAUCGAAAAGGCGACUAUUUUGCUACCUUGGCACCUGAUGCUGGCAAUCAAGGAAUUCUAAUUCACCAACUCACAAAACACCAAACACAACAGCCAUUCCGCAAAAUCAAAGGAAUCGUUCAACGUGUCAUGUUUCAUCCAAUAAAACCAUUGUUUUUUGUAGCAACUCAAAGAUUCAUUCGAGUUUAUAAUCUGAUUAAACAAGAAGCGAUGAAGACAUUACAGUCUGGCGUAAAAUGGAUAUCUAGCUUAGAUGUUCAUCCUAUGGGUGAUAACAUCAUCAUUGGUAGUUACGAUAAACGCUUAUGUUGGUUCGAUCUAGAUUUGUCCUCACGGCCUUACAAAAUAUUAAGAUAUCAUUCAAUGGCUAUUCGAAGUGUUUCUUAUCACAAAAGAUUUCCGCUAUUCGCAUCAUGCAGUGACGACGGUUCAAUACAAAUAUUUCAUGGGAUGGUGUAUAAUGACUUGUUACAGAAUCCGUUAAUUGUGCCAGUGAAGAUUUUGAAAGGUGGACAUAACAUAGUUGAUAGUCUUGGAGUCUUGCAUUGUGAGUUUCAUCCCACGCAACCUUGGAUAAUUUCCUCGGGGGCCGAUCACCAAAUUAACUUGUGGACAUAA